AUGAAUAAAACUCUUAUUUUCGUUUUACUUGGGCUUGUUUCCUUUGUUGCUUGUGCAAAUUACUCAGUUUUAGUAGCUGGUUCUAAGGGCUAUGAAAACUACAGACAUCAAGCUGAUGUUUGCCACGCUUACCAAUCUUUAUUGAAAAAGGGUUUCCAACCUGAAAAUAUUAUCGUAUUCCUUUACAACGACGUUGCCAACAAUAAAUAAAACCCUUUUAAGGGUAAACUCUUUAACUAACCCAACGGUUAAGAUGUUUAUGCUGGCUGCAAGAUCGAUUACUAAGGUAAUGAUGUCACCCCUAAAAACUAUAUGAGUGUCCUCACUGGUGAUAAGUAGGCUGUUGCUAAGAUCGGUACUGGAAGAGUCCUUGAAUCCACUUCAAGUGAUAAUGUUUUCCUUUACUUCGCUGAUCACGGUGCUCCAGGAUUCGUAGCUUUCCCUACCCAAAAAUUCUAUGCUAAUGACUUGAUUAGUACCUUCUAAAAGAUGCACAGCAAGAACAUGUACAAUAAGCUUGUUUACUACUUAGAAGCUUGUGAAUCUGGAUCCAUGUUCGUUAAUCUUCCUACAAACCUUAACAUCUAUGCUUUGUCUGCUGCUAAUCCUACUGAAAGUUCAUAUGCUGCUUACUGUGGUUCAUAAGCCAAGGUUGAUGGCAAAAAUAUCGGAUCUUGUUUGGGUGAUCUUUUCAGUGUUAAUUUCAUUGAAGAAAUUGAUGCUACUUCUGACCUUUCAGCUCUUACUUUACAAUAACAAUUCGAAUAUGUUGCUUAAAAGACCACUAUGUCUUAAGUUAUGCAAUGGGGUGAUCUUUCUUAUGUCAGUGAACCUGUCGCCGAUUUCUUAUCUGCUAAAUCUUCUGCUUCUUAAUCCUUGAAGUCUGCCUUAUUAGGUUUGUUCAACUUCUCAUCUCGUCCCUCCAUGAGAAGAAUUAACCAAACCGAAGAAGAAGAAGAUAACGAUAUCCAUUCUCAUGAAAGCUUUGUUGAUGCUAGAAAGGCCAAGAUUUCUACUUUCCUCCAUUAAUAUAUUCACACUCCCUCUGCUGAAAACUUCGAAAUGUUAAAUGUCGAAUUACACAAUGACCAAAAGUUCUAAACCUUCUUUGAUACCAUUAAAAUGAAAAAGGGUGAUAUCGUUUCAAAUGAUGUUUAUGCAACCACUGAUUUCGCUUGCUAUAAGAAUUUAAUUGAAGCCUUUGAAAAUAAGUGUGGUGAAGUCCCUGAAUCAUAAUACUCUGGUUUCAGACAUUUAUAUGAUAUUUGCGGAAGAGCUUACUUCGCUGCUGUUGAUGCCAACGAAUUACUUAACAACGUCUGUUGA